GUGGGAUAAACUGCAGUCCCACCAGUCGGAUGCAAAUAAUUCUGCCAUUACCUGUGGAUUAGCAGGACGUUGGAUCUGACCACAGACAUUUAAAUGUUCUGUUUAUGCUAGAAGAAAAUUUCUCAUAGCUUCUCUCAGCAGAAAACCAGGGACUUAUUCGUUUUAUCUUUGGCCUUACUUGAGGAGAUCAUUUGCUGCUCAGGACCCUGAGACAUAAGCUGGCAGAUCCACUUGUGGCUGCUAUAAGAAAGAGGAUAACAGGAGAGAGAGUAGUGGUGGUGGUGGAGUUCCCCAGCUCAUGUCCUGCACAGGAUGUAAACAGGAACCAUAUGGCCCCUCCCCCAGGGGGAAGAUACCCCCUUUCCUGAUUGUGUUUGGCUCCACAUGGUUGAUUCGUUCAAGAUGAACCUGCUAUUUGCUGCUGUCCUGUUAUUGUACUGCAGAUACAAUGCCAUAAGAACACACGAUCAUUCAGAUCACGAAUGCCAAAGUCAGGGGGUCAGGAACUGUGGAGAGUGUCUGGCAGUGGGGCCACACUGUGCUUGGUGUGCUGAGGAGAAUUUUCUAGAAGUCGGCCAGCACAUGUGGGAGCGCUGUGACACAGCCAGUGCACUGCUGAGGAGGGGCUGUCCUCUUGAUCGCCUGGAGGACCCCAGAGGGGCCACUGUCCUUCUAAAGAACCUAAAGGUCACCUUCCAUCCUAAAGAACAAAGACACCAGCAGCAGCACAGACAGGUCACCCAGCUCCAGCCUCAGAGUGUUCUUCUACACCUCAGGCCAGGUGAACCUCAGAGCUUUGAGGUGAAGUUCAAACGUGUGGAGGACUACCCCAUAGACCUGUACUACCUGAUGGAUAUGUCCUUCACCAUGGAGGAUGACCUGCCCAGUGUCAUGAAGUUGGGAGCUGACCUCGUAGAGGAAAUGAAGAAUACUACCAGUGACUUCAGAAUGGGUUUUGGUGCAUUUGUGGAUAAAACAGUGAUGCCGUACAUAAGCACUGCAGAGGACAAGCUCAGGAAUCCUUGUAAGAGGACCGAGCCCUGGCCUUGUGCCCCUCCCUUCACCUACCACCAUGUCCUGAGCCUCACCGCCAACGGAAGCCUCUUCACGGAGCUUGUUGGGGAGCAGCGGAUCUCCGGUAACCUGGAUUUACCAGAGGGGGGGCUGGAUGCCCUGAUGCAAGCUGCUGUGUGCGAGGAGCAGAUCGGCUGGAGGAAUGUGACUCGUCUGCUGGUGUUUUCUACUGAUGGUGGCUUCCACUUUGCUGGAGAUGGCAAAUUGGGUGGCAUUGUACUUCCCAAUGACGGAAAGUGUCACUUGCAUGAAAAUGUGUACACUCAAGCAAAUUUCCAGCAUGCUUUGGCUGUGGUCCCAAGAAGCAUACAGUGUUUAUCCUAUGGACCAGAUAUUGCAGUGCGUGCCAAAUUGAUUCCCGUCUGCAAUCCAAGCAUUGAAAUAGAGGUCCAGGCUGCUGCAGAAAGAAGUAAAGACAGUGAUUUAAAGGACUAUCCUUCGGUGACUCACAUCGCUGAAAUAUUGAGACAGAAGAACAUCCAGAUCAUCUUUGCUGUCACCAAAGAAGUCUCACACUUGUACGAGGGCCUAAGAAGCAUCUUCCCAAAAUGUGCAGUCGGAACGCUUUCCAACAACUCCCACAACAUCCUGCAGAUAAUAGUCGAUGCAUAUAAUGCGCUGACCUCUGAGGUUGUUAUGGAGAACAGCAAGCUGCCAGCAGGCUAUCACAUCUCGUAUACUUCACACUGCAAGGACCACAGGCCGAUGCAUGGCGAGCAAGGCAGGAGGUGCUCCAACAUCUCCAUAGGUGACGAGGUGAGCUUUAAUGUAAGCAUUACAGCACCUCUGUGCGUGACUGCUUCACAAAGACCAUCCCGUGUCAUUAUCAAGCCCCAAGGCUAUAGCGAAGAGGUUGAGGUCCUGCUGAGCCCCAUAUGUGAGUGUUCAUGUCAAAAGGACGCGGCCCCACACAGUCCUUCAUGUAGCCAUGGCAACGGUACUCUGGAGUGUGGUGCAUGCAGGUGUAAAGAGGGGAGAGUCGGGACAUUUUGCGAAUGCAAUCAAGCAGAGUUGAGCGAGGUGGUUGACCCGUAUCUUUGUCACCGUGAUAAUGUAUCAGGAGUGUGCAGUGGACACGGAGAGUGUGUUUGUGGGAAGUGUGUUUGUCAUAAGAGCAGCAAAAAGCCAAACCAUGCUUACUAUGGGCAGUUCUGUGAAUGCAGUGAUUUCAGCUGUGAUCACUACCAAGGACUGCAGUGUGGAGGGCAUGGCAGGUGUGUCUGUGGGGUGUGUGUAUGCUUACCAGGAUUCAGUGGUCAAGCGUGCGAGUGCCCUCUCAGCUUGGAGUCUUGUCUGUCUCAGGACAGACACGUUUGUGCAGGCAGAGGGGACUGUCACUGUGGCACCUGUGUUUGCCAUGAUGACCGCUUCCAAGGCCCAACUUGUGAGCUUUGCCCUUCCUGCCCCAGCGUCUGUACCUUGCACAGAGAAUGCAUCCUGUGCAGGGCCUUUUCACUGGGCUUGAAUCACAUGGAGUGUGAGAUGAGGUGUGCCCACCUGAACCUCACUCUACUGGGUCAGGCUAAUGACCUAGCAACAGUAACCCCCUCCUCAGGCCACAGGUGUAUGGAAGUGGACUCAGAGGGCUGCAGAGUGCACUUCCUGCUGAGGACUGGACAAAGAAGAGCACGUUCAUGUAGCUCUCGAAAGAGAGCUAUGGCUGUCUCUGCUUCUCAAGAAUGCCCAUCAGGUCCAGACGUGAUCCUGAUUACUGCAGUGCUAUCAGCCUCUGUUGUGGUUCUGGGUGUGGCUUUGUUGCUGCUAUGGAAACUACUCACCAACAUCCAUGACCGCAGGGAGUUUGCCCGCUUCCAAAGAGAGCUGGAGCAGAGACGCUGGACCAGGGUGGACAACCCCAUCUACAAGAGUGCCAUCACAACAGUUGUCAACCCGAAAUAUAAAGAGCAGUGAUAGCAGCAAUGGAAGUAGAUCUGCUUUUCAAUCAGGAUUACCCGUUGUGCAGCACAAUGAAACAACAUCCUUCAUCUGAACUGUCAUCAGCAGUUGGUCCAACUUGUUUGGCAAAGGGGCAGGGGAAGAACGGAUGUUGAUGCCUGACUUGCUUCCUUUGAUCUCAAUAUGCAACCCCCGGACUGCCAGUGUCCAAGCCUUCCCCUCCAUGCACUGCCUGCACGCAUAUUCAAACAGCAUCACCCCCUAUAAACUGCUUCUUACACAAGGUUAGCUGUCUGUUAAUGCUCUCAUGGUAUUAAAAUCCACAAAAGCUAAUUACAUAUAGUAUAGUAAUCAUAAGGCAUAUGCAAGAAAAAUCAGCUAUAUGCUGGCAGUUGGCUCAGCAGUGUCACUUAGGUCUCAGAAGGCAAUAGAUAGUGAUGUGAGCAUUCUCCAUUAUGCACUGUAAUGCUGGUGGAGACACAUGUCUUUGCAUGGGUCUCCACUGCCCUCUAGAUGAAAGAAGAAGAAAGUGACACCCUGCUCGAAAUGAUGAGGCAGCUCCCCCAUUCACUUACAAUUCACCAUAGUCACAGAAGAUGCUAUUUUUGACACUGACAUAUCCAGUCAUUUGGUGCUUUUGUAUUCCCACAAACACCUGUGAAUUCAUCAAAUAGAGCACUGGAGGCUUUGAAUGGUGCAAGAUACUAUACAACUCUUUUAAAAAAAAAGCAGCUAGUGUACGUGCCAGCCACUUUGCCAGUGCACUGAGCUGAAUCGUGUAAGCACAGAAAAACAAUGGGAUGUUCAAAUCUAAAUGGAUAUUAGGGUUUUUCCACUGCCUACAGAUGGCUGCUGAUGACCUUGCUGGGAGAGUAGCAAAGUGAUAUUUAUCACAGCAAUGCCUCCUCCACUCCCAGAGUCACUGGGCAGGCAUGCAUGCAACUUUAACAGCCAGUGGGUGGUGGGAGGUGGUGAUAGUGGUGGUGGUGGUGGUGGAUUAUCAGAGAAAAUGACUCCAUAUGCUUCCACUACAGUAUGCAGCAUUCUCUUUCAUCUGUGUCUGAUCAUAAAAAAUGUGUGGUGCAAAAAUAAAUAAAUAAAUAAAAAAAUCACAGCAUCAGUGGGGGCAGCAGAGGCAGCCCUGCGACAAGACUCAUGUGAAGGGGCAGAGAUGGUGGGGGGGAGGGGUGUGGAAGGAGGUGACCAGCCCUGGAGACAGUUACAUAACAAACACUGCAUUUUGUAAAAACACUGUAGCUACUCUCAUCUCAUUACUUGUUGUUCACUGAGUGGUUUGAAUAAAUCAGUAACAUUUUCUCAA